UUUAUACAGAUGAACAAACAUCACAGCAACCAGCACGUUCUGUCCUUUUUAUAUCAACACAAUAAUCAAGCCAACCAACAAACCUUUGUGCACCUUACUUUGACUGCUGCCCCUCCAGUGUUUGUUCCAGUGAGAUUCUUCUGGACUCUGGUUGCUACGAGCAAACUUCAGAAGGACAAAAACAAUAACAGCGAAAGUGUUGCACUGCAACCUCUGAAGCAGAUCAUCAAUUUGCUACACAAACCAAACCCCUUGUUAAGAACCAAGGACCCUCGUCCCCGUGUUGCUUCUUGCUCGUCGGCUCAGACCCUCCUCCUCCAUGUCCUCGACCGCCUCCCCAAUCCUCUCCGUCGUCCCCUCUCGGGCCCUGGUGGACGAGACUUUCCGGGUGAAGGUGCAGAAUCUGCCUCCGGGCUCCGCGGUGACCCUUCACUCCCUCCACCGCUGCGAGGACGAGGACCUGUGGGAGGCCUACGGACACUACGUCAGCGACCAGCGGGGAAGCGUCUCGCUUACAGAUGAUCUCAGCUUCGGGGGAACGUACACAGGAAAAGAAGCCAUGGGGUUGCUGUGGAGUAUGCGUCCCGUCCCUGGCAGCCGCAAAGGCCUCAGGUUGAGGAAGACGAACGUCUGCACCCCGCAGCUGGUCCACAUCUCGGUCUACGACGGCCACGUGGAGGAGGGCUUCACAGAGCGGCCUCCCCUGGCCUCAGUGCUCUCAGAGAGAUGGUUCAUGGGUCCAGGAGUCCGCAGGGUGGAAGUUCAGGAGAAAGGAGUGCGAGGGACGCUGUUCAUACCUCCAGGUCCAGGACCCUUUCCCGGGGUAAUGGACAUGUGGGGCGGAGGGGGGGGGCAGGUGGAGUAUCGAUCGGCCCUGCUCGCCUCUCACGGCUACGCCUCUCUGGCGCUGCAGUACCUCGGCGUCGGUGAGCUGCCGUCAGCCAGCAAAGAGUUUGAGUACUUUGAGACGGCGUUUAACGUGAUCAGGCUCCAUCCCCUGGUGAGCCCCGACAGAGUUGGAAUUAUUGGUCUUUCCCUUGGAGCGAUUAUCACCAAUCAUUUGGCGGCUGAGAGCAGCGUCAUCAAGCCUCGUUGUUGCGUUUGUGUCAGUGGCGUCCACAUUUGUCCACGCGGGGAGUUGCUCACAGGACUCUACCAGGCGAUGGUCGCGAACGGUCACAAGGUACAAGUGGACGAGAACAACCAUGAGAUAUGGCGAUACAGGGAACUCCCAAUCCCUGGUGACCUCGCUAAGAAAAUUGAGGUGGGGAAAAUAAACUGCCCAAUGUUGUUGGUGAAUGGCCUCGACGAUCAGAGCAUGCCCACAGUGGAGGCUGCUGAAGAUAUGGCCCACAUGAUGCGAGCAGCAGGGAAAGACCACCUGCUGACCAGGAUCGAAUACCCAGCUACUGGACAUCUGAUCGAGCCGCCCUACUCGCCUCACUUCAGAGCCACCAAUUUCAUAAAGAAAAGCACAAGAGAGAAGGUCAUACUACUUUGGGGAGGACAAACCAAAGCUCAUUCAGAUGCUCAAGAGGACUCCUGGAAGAAGAUCUUGGCUUUUCUACAGCAGCACCUGUACUCCAACAACCCCACCAGAGCAAAGAUGUGAAGGCAGAGGAGCCCGUGCUUCGCCAUGGCAACCUCUGCAGAGACAUGGUGGUGGCGACGACGCAGUGUCCAUUAAAUGAAUGCUCAUGAUGAUCCGGUCAAAGGUCAACUUGUGCUUGUUCAUAUUAUUUAGUGUCCCCAAAAUUAUUAUUAUUAUUAAUUGAAAUGAAAAUGUUUCUCUGUAAAGAAAUGAUUCACCCACAAGAGUAUUUCUAGAGAAAAUGUCAGAGUAAUAUUAUUAAAGAUCAUUGAACUCUU